AUGCCACCAACUCCACAUUAUUCAAAUAAAUACUACGAUUCACAAUUUGAAUAUAGACAUGUUAUCUUACCAGCGGAGAUUUCCAAUUUGAUACCAAAAGGAACUUUGUUGUCAGAGGAGGAAUGCAGAAAGCUUGGUAUUAGACAAUCAGAGGGAUGGGUACACUAUGCAAACCACAAACCAGAACCACACAUCCUUUUGUUUAGACGUCCACAUACUGGUCCAAUCCCAAGCGAUGUCGAUUAUCUCUAA